UACGUGGGGGGACACGCGGUCGCUGUCAUCACCGGCGCGCGCGCUCACCGCGGGCUCGAACUUGGAACGAUCGUCGAUCGACGCGCGCGUGAUACGCUCAAACGAUCCACGACACGCGCGCAACACCGUCCACAUCGACCACGCACGUCGGGCCGUCGUUACUGUUGCCGAGCACCACGGUCACGCGCCGAUCCGUCGUUGCUAUUUCGCCGUGCGCUUUAUCGCAGCAGCAGCAGCACCAGCGGAAGCCAGUGACGGUCGCUGACGGCCACUGGACGACCACCGCGGACAGUCGCGCGCCGCAAUGAAAACCCCCGGGACGCCGCUGAUCGCGUUCCACUUGGUCGCGGCCGCGUUGGCCGUCCUCCGGCGAUCGGCCCACGGCCAAGAUUGUCCUGAUGGCGUCCCUGUAACUUACGUUAAAUAUGGUAAUGCGGCUCCAAGAUCUGUAGUACAGCCAAUUUUAUUAUAUGCUAGUACUCCUGGAGUUGCAAUUACAGCUGAAUGUUACAACAGAUGUAGAAAAUCGGUAGAUUGUGUUGGCUUUGUAAUUGACUACACAUCAACGUCAUGUUAUCGUGUUCCUAAUAUGGGAAGCUCCACUGAUAAUAUAGUCGAUACACCCAAUGUGAACUUCUUUAGAAAAGCUUGUCUUCGAGUUCCAGAAUCUUGUAGUCGAAGAGCAUGGCCGAUUGAGGUCUCUAUGGACUAUGAAAUCACUGGCUAUCAAUUUUCCGUCUUACCUAAUAUCGGCGAUAAAUGGCGAUGUGCCCAAUUAUGUAUUGACCAAAACAAUUGUAAAUCGGCCAAUUACUAUCGAAAAACUAAGAUGUGUUCCUUAAAUUCUGAAACUCGCAGAAGUAAACCUACAGCAUUCAAUCCAAGUCAGAAUCAAGUGGAGUACUUGGAAAACGAAUGUGCUACUACGUUACCAGUUGCAAAUCAAAUAAAUUCAUGCUGGCAUGAACCUGUUUACGAUAGAACAUUACAACAAGUGGAUUUACAAGUAGAAAACAUUAAUAUUGAACAAUGCAAAGAAAGAUGUGAAACUGAACAAUAUUUUAGUUGUAGAGGCUAUACUUUUAAAUGUCCUACAGAUGGGUUUGGAGGAACUCUUUGUCUUCUACACGGAGAUGAUACAAGCACAGCUGGUCCAUUAAUUCCAUCACUUUGUUCCACUUAUAUGGAAAGAAUUACUUGCAUUGACUUAAGCGUUUCGUGUAGCGAUGACUCUAUGCUGGUGUCAUUGAGAUCCCCAGGUUUCAAAGGUCGAAUAUUUGUAUUAGGAAGACCAGAAGAAUGUGGUGUUAAUGGUCGUCAUACUGAUAUCACCACAAUAACUCUACCAAUCGUAGAAAAUCAUAUGCAACGCAACUAUUGUGACGUAGUGGUGGCUAAAUCAGCUAACACCAACAGAAAAUUAGCCACGGCAGUUGUCGUAGUUCAACACCAUCCAAUAAUACAAACUGUUGGCGAUAGAGUUACAAAAGUGUCAUGUGCUGUUGGUUCUAGUCCUAAAAAUUCAUUCUUAGGAUCUAAGCCACAAAACAUCACAUUGGAUGCCACGUUCGGUGUUGCAGAACCAAGCAUUCACAACACAAUAUAUAACGAUGGUGGAUAUGACCCAAAUGGCUUAGUUGGUUCGGCAAAUCAAGUGGCCAAGAUGCGAAUUUUGGAAGUGGGACGAAACAUAAAACAGGUAUCGGAAGUAAAACUUGGCGAUGAACUAGAACUUCGGAUUGACGUAAACCAACCUUACAAUGCAACGCAUUUGAGAGCGGGUCACUUAGUUGCUAGUUCUGGAGAUGGUCUCGACUCCUUAUUGCUUUUAGACUGGAGAGGAUGUCCUCCAGAACCAUCAACAUUCCCAGUUUUGAGAUUAUCACCACCGAACUCAAUGGUUGCCCGAUUCAGAGCAUUCCGCUUUCCCUCGUCACCUGUACUUCGGUUUAGUCUCAUGAUGAUGUUUUGUGACCAGGCGUGUAAACUAAGUGAUUGCGGAAACGGACAAGUGUCUUAUGGUCGAAGAAAACGCGAUGUACCCCCAACAAAAACCAAUACAAAGGAAGUUCCAUUACAGCUAGCAAUUGUAGUACGGUCCCUCGAAGAACAAGAAGAAAUUAUAGCUAGUCAAAGUCAACUUAGCAGUAGUAAUAAUAAUAAUAAUGAAAGGUCAUCAAGAAGAUUAGAAAUUCCAGUGAUUCGUAACAAUGAAUGGUGCAUCACUUGGCCGACUGGAUUAGCAAUCGUUAUAGUUCUACUCACUAUGCAGACAAUGAUUGUAAUGGGUUGUUGGUCAUUUUUUCGACGUUCAAAUCAGAAAUCCAUUAACGAUCGCGUGACUUUAAACUCUGACUUUCAACCAAGACAUGUCACUUGGGCUGAUCAUCAAUAACUUCUAUUGAACACUGUUUUGUUAAUACAACAUUUACCAUUUAUUGAAUAUAUAUAUAUAUUUAACUUACUAACUUAAUGUACAAAUUAUUUUAUAUCUAAAAAAAAUAUUUAUCAGAAUGAUGUACUUAAUUAAAGGUUAUUUUCAUA